AAGGAUGCACCUCUGACGUAACGGCACAAUAAAGUAGUCGGUAUAUAUCUGCUCGCCUUCAGAUAUUUGAGUAAAGCGUCUUGUCGUAGCCGGGGACGUUAUACAUGGUUAUCCAUCUCUUGGAAUACGGACACUUUUAAGUCCAUCACCACGUUUUCAGAAAUGACCUGUGUUCAAAGUCAACAUGGAGUCCAGACCUAUGAGAGCUCGCUCUACAGCUCAGAAUUUUUGAAUCCUGACUUCACCUCCAGGUUGGCCAUGGACGUGACUGACCAGCGGGACCAGCACUCUGCUCCCUCCCUACCGAGCAUCACUUCUUUGGUCGGAGGCUACGUUGGCGAGUUCGACACCUACUCCUGCCAGAUUGCCACAGGGGCUGCUUCGACCUGUGCAGGUGCCACUCCAGGACAGGACGCUUUCAAACUGGACGACCUCCAGGUGUACGGCUGCUACCCAGGCACGUUCGCUUUAAGCUACCUGGAUGAGACGUUGUCUUCUUCAGGUGGGUCAAACUGCUUUGGAAGUCCAGCCUCUGCACCAUCGCCCUCAACCCCUGGGUUCCAGCCCAUGUCGGCUUGGGAUAGCACCUAUGGUCCCUGUUCCCCAGACGAUGGCUGCUGGGCUUCAGAGAAGACCCCUUUGGCACAGCCUCCAUCUUUUUUCACGUUUGGGCACGUUACAGCCGACGAGCUAUCUCCACUGAGUCAACUGCAGCCUCAGCUUUCGGAUCAGGACCCGUUUUCUCAGAACCAGCAGCAUGGUUCUCCUCUUUCCUUCAGUCCGCUUGGCCUGGAGCAGGGUACCCGGGAUGGGUCAGGACUGAUGGACGGACACCUGUCUCCUAAAGUGAGGAGUCCAACAGGAAAUGAGGGACGCUGUGCAGUGUGUGGAGACAAUGCUUCCUGUCAACAUUACGGUGUGCGCACCUGUGAAGGGUGCAAGGGCUUUUUUAAGCGCACAGUACAGAAAAAUGCCAAGUACGUUUGCCUUGCCAACAAAGACUGUCCAGUGGACAAAAGGCGGCGAAACAGGUGCCAGUUCUGCCGUUUUCAAAAGUGCCUAGCAGUGGGGAUGGUGAAAGAAGUUGUGAGAACAGACAGCCUUAAAGGUAGAAGGGGUCGUCUGCCAUCCAAACCAAAAGUUGUUCAAGACUCAGUCUCUGUCUCUUCCCCCGUAAACAUCAUCGCCUCUCUCGUCACUGCCCAUAUCGACUCCAACCCAGCCAGUGGAAAUCUGGACUAUUCAAAGUAUCAGGAAUCAGUAUCCGGGUUGUCCGAAAAGGAGGAUGCCAAUGACAUCCAGCAGUUUUAUGACCUGCUUACAGGGUCAAUGGAUGUUAUCAGGAAGUGGGCCGGAAAUAUCCCAGGAUUUAAUGCGUUUUGUAAGGAGGACCAAGACCUUCUCCUGGAGUCAGCUUUUGUGGAGCUCUUCAUACUUCGGUUAGCAUACAGGUCAAACCCUGAGACAGACAAGCUUAUUUUCUGCAAUGGGACGGUUCUCCACCGAACACAGUGUGUACGAAGCUUCGGUGACUGGAUUGACUCCAUUAUGGAGUUCUCUCAGAGUUUACAUCGCUUGAAUUUAGAUGUAUCAUCUUUUUCCUGCCUUGCCACUUUGGUUAUUAUCACAGAUCGACAUGGUCUGAAAGAGCCCAAACGGAUCGAGGACCUCCAGAACCGCUUGGUCACGUGUCUCCGAGAUCACGUCGCCACGAGUACCUCUGAAGUCGUUCGGCCCAACUACCUGUCCCGACUCUUGAGCAAGCUUCCCGAGCUAAGAACCCUGUGCACUCAGGGUCUCCAACGAAUCUUCUAUCUCAAACUGGAAGACCUGGUUCCACCCCCACCAAUUGUGGAUAAAAUUUUCAUGGACACGUUGCCAUUCUGAACGGGGCAUACAGUGGACAAUCAAGGUGACUUAAACUGUUGAAAAGAGAUGGAUGUGAGCGGUUUAUGUUUGUAGGACUCUAUUGCUUAUGGUUCUCUGCUUUCUUGGAAUUGGAUCUGAGAAAGAUGGCAUUAUACUUUCGCCCGUGUUUGAAGAUUUUCCUCACAUAGUCUUCAUCGAAAUCACUGAGAGACCCAGAAAGUGUCAUGUGUGUUUGCUGGAAUAUGCUGGUAAACUGUAGUAUAUUUUAGGCUCAACUAGUGGCUGACGUUUCAGUCGGUAGCAUUUCUCAAAUGCUCUGUAUGUGGUUUCUAAAUGAAAGAAAAGCAUGCAGAUAUUCCCAAACAAUCAGUAUUACAGCGAGUUCAGUGGUCGUAUUUCAAAUAUAAAGCAUCCAAUAAUUUAAUAAAACAUCUUAUUAAUAAUAGGUUAUAGGAAGCCAGAAGGCCAUGGACCAAAGCAGAAAAGGGAAUAUAAAACAGCUUUUACUUGGAUGCUUAAAUUAUCAAGACAAAGCCUUAAUGCUUUCAAGUGCCAGCGCAUUAUGUUCCUGAAAACAUGCACAAAAAUGCAACCUUACACUGAAAAGACAGGUACACUUAAGAAGAGGACUGAUGCGCAUGCAUUUGAAGAAUGCGGUACACUUUUGCAUUUGACAAAUGUUUCUAAAAACAUUGGCAUAUGCGUGUCAGCACUUUUGGAAAGAUUUUACAUGAAUUAUGGCCACAUGAGAUCCAGUGCAGCUACUGUACAAGUAUCACGUACAGACUCUUACAUGCAAAUACUCUGAGUAUUAUUAUUGAUUAUGUUUAGUGCACCAGUCAAGGCUUAGAGUUAUUAUAUUUGUAUGUAUGUAUGUAUUUUAUGUAUGUAUGGCUAGAGCUUCUAAAUACGAUUUAUCUCAUAAUUACAAAAUCAAAUUCGGGCAUUCAGAUAUUUUUUAUUACAUGGAAUGAAAGGUAAUGCUUGUCUUUCAUUGAUUUUUUGCAGCUCUCUAUAUAAAAAAAAAUAUAUAUUUUAAAGAGAAAUCA